UCGGAGGAAUAUUCUAAAAAGAGGGAUGACAAAGAAAGGGAGAGAGAGAGGCUCCAGAUAAUCGAGAGAAUAAAAGUUGCGACAGGGAGUUCAAGAGAGAUAAGAGAACACGGCACUUGUGGUACAGACAGCGCACACAGAGCAAACCAGGACAGGGCUCACCGCAUGGUUUCAAGCGCAAGGGACAUCACGUUCUCUGUAGACGAAGGCAUUCAAAAUCGCCCGAAUAGGAAAUGGCAGUAUUUGGUAGUGACCGUAGUGAUAAGGGGAAAGGGGGAGGAGAGGAGCAACGACGGCGGAGGGGGAGGAAUAUAAAGAGGGAGAGGAGACUUAUUAUACCAGGCGCGCAUGACAAGAAAAAUGAGAGGAAAAGAAGAAAAGAAAAAAAAAAAAAGAGCGGAACAGCGGCAGAAGGGGGGAAACGAAGACAGAGGGAGACAGCGGAGGGUUCUGGGGCUUCCUGCCAAGAUCGCCCAGAUGCCGAGGCCUUGGCGGAUGUCAGGAUGGCUCAUCACUGUUCGAUUGGCGCCGGAGAUGUGGCCUAUCUGGAUGCAGGUUAUUUCUCCGCCGCUGCAGGGUCAUUCCUGGACUUUUCCAUGUUUGUUUACCCUUUAGUUUACUGAUAAGAUGUGUAUAGGAGGGGGAACUGAAUCGAAGAGGAAACAGAUGCCAAGUCGCCAA